AUGAUGAAUAUAGACAAUGAAAAUGAGUUACAUGAAAAUUUGGAAGAUGAAAUUGGAGAGGAAAAUGAUGAAGAAGCACCUUUUGACAACAAUGUUGAAGUACCUUCAACUUUUACUAAUAUGGAUGGAACAAAUUUGAAUAUUGAUGACAAUUGGAUUGUGUCGCAAUCAACGAAGUCUUAUGUCGCUUUACCAAAAUAUCUAGGUGCACUUCAAAAGUUCAAUCCAGGAACUAUUGUUGAACGGUGUGUUUCAAGAUCAACCGAUGUAGAUGAAGUUGAAUUUAGGCGUGUUUUUUGGGCUUUUGCUCCCUUUAUCAAAGGGUUUCAUUAUUGUCGACCGGUGAUUAGCAUUGAUGGUACACACUUGUAUGGUAAGUACACAGGUAAGAUGCUCAUUGCAAUGGGAGUUAAUGGUAAUAAUCAGAUUUUGCCACUUGCAUUUGCUAUUGUAGAAAAUGAAUCUUAUAAUACUUGGAAUUGGUUUCUUUCUCAUGUCAAGAAUCAUGUGGUGAAAGACCGUGAAGGCAUAUGUCUAAUAUCGGAUCGUCAUGGGGGAAUCCUUAAGGCUGUCAAUGAGCAUGGAUCUCCAUGGUAUUGUUUACGACAUUUCAUCAACAACUUUUAUGACAAGUUUCAUAAUUCAGUGUUGAAAGCUUUAGCUUAUCGUGCCGGGAGUCAGAAUCAAAUUCGAAAGUUCAACUCCAUCAUGGAAGAAAUUGGAAAGCUAAAUCCACAUGCUCGACAUUGUUUGGAGAGCCAUCCACUUAAUAGAUGGACACUUGCAUAUGAUGGUGGCAGGAGAUAUGGGUUAGUCACAACAAAUUUGUCAGAGAUUCUCAAUAGUGUACUUAAAGGUGCUCGUUUUUUACCAAUCACAGCUUGUGUGCAACUUACAUUCUAUAGAAUGGUGCAUUAUUUUGAGGUGAGACGUCCUUUAGGAUCUAGUUCUCUAGCUAAUGGAGAUGCACAUACUCCACAUGUUAUUGCAAAACAAGUAGCUUUGAUGGCAAAAGCAAGUGCACAUUCCUUGAGAUCUUUUAAUCGAGAAAAAGGUAUAUUUGAGUUGAUAACACAAAAAGGUCGAAAUGUGCAAGUAGUUAAUUUGGAACAAAAAACUUGCACAUGUGGCAACCGGGUCAUAAUCGAAAACGGUGUCCGUCUAAGCCAAGGUAAGGAUCUGUUAUCGGCUCAAGUUCAAGCUAAUUGUGAUGUUUUUCUUUUUUGUUGA